UUCGGUUCAUCUGACUGAGUUCGUCAAAGAGAUUGCAAAAAAGUCAAAUAGUCAAAUAGGUUUAGUGAAAUGUACACAUGUACACUAAGGCAAUGUCCAAUGGAGAUUUUUAUUUUUCAAGUCAUGGUUUCAUCUACCCAAAUGCAAACUGUUUAAGUUUUGUUUCUCCAGAUUUCUUGCCGUUGGAAAAUCGUGUUGUUUUUCAGCAACUGUUUCUCUGUAACUCAAAAGGACCUUUGCACUCACUCCAGUAAGUCUAGUCUGGUUAUUGAAUGUGUUGGUUGUAGUAGUGGAGAUUAUUCCCACAGCAUAACACCCACUGUGGUCAACACUGAGGCUUUGGCUAUGCCAUGUUGUGAAACUGGACAAACCUAAAUCAGACUGACUCAUUUAUUGCAAUGUACACACAGAGAAAGAACAGGGUUAGCAGAGCUUGCGUUCGUUAGUGCAUACAAUGGAAAAUGUUUUAAAAUGCUUUGCAAUGGAACAUGAAAUUAAGUGUUACUUACUGGACAAGCCGCAGUAGUCCCUCCCUGUUCUAGUCAGUUUUUUUCCUGUUUGGUGCCUAAUGAACAUGUCCCAGGCCUUUCCUCUUACGCUGUCCAAAGCUGAGUUCUCUCGGGAGGUCUCUCUUUGGCAUGCAGAAGAAGGAGGGGCAGAGAAAGAAAGCUAUGGCUGAAAGAGAAACAGUGAGAAAGCAGAGGGGCAGGCUCAUUCCUGAAGAGAAAGCAACAUAAGUCAAUCUACCUUGGAUACAAAUAAUUGCUUUUACUCUGUGGAAAAGUAGCGACUUUUGGUAGUAAUGGAGGGAAAAAAACAAGCUUGGUUGCCAAAAACAUUUCAGACUGUCUUGUCAGAAUGGAUUCUGAUUGGCUGGGAGUAGACCCAGUAGUGGGACGGCCCGAUACACUUCCCAACCUCUGGGUUUCUGUUUAUCCAAAGUCCAUUCCCCCUGGACUUUUGGUUUGAGCCUACGAGUUGCAACUUUCCCUAUGUUAUACCCUCUCUCUAACCCAAUAGCCUUGACAGUGAGAAAUGUAUGUUCACGUUUAAUCCGGAGUAGGCAGGAAUGCCACGGAAAAGUCCAUAGACUGUGAUAAGAUACUGCUGGAAGCCUCCCCAGUUGCACUGAGAGAGAGAACGAGAGACAGAGAGUGAGAAAGAGUGGGCGCCACACACACACACACACACACACACACACACACACACACACACACACACACACACACACACACACACACACACACACACACACACACACACACACACACACACACACACACUGAUAGGAGGAGUUGCCUAGACCACUAUGUUGGAGUGUGGAUCACUUGGUGGCUGACCUGGUCCUCAAGAGACUAGAUCCACUUCUGGACAUUGCAUUAACUCUGUUGUCAGCCAUGCUUUCCUUCGCCGCCCUCACCCUCCGUCUAGGGUCCACAAGAUGCAGAGGAGGCAGACACAACCUGGCGACAGUUGUCUCGGGCAACAAGACGUCUCAGCUGGUGAGGGAAAGGUUGAAAGAAGACUUGGACAAGAUGAGGGGCCAGUUCCCUGGCUUCCGGCCAGGUCUGGUAGUGUUGCAGGUGGGUGACAGAGACGAUUCUAACCUCUACAUUAGCAUGAAGCUAAAAGCCGCAGCUAAGAUUGGAAUCAAUGCCAACCAUGUCAGACUGCCAAAGACUGCAACAGAGGAUGAGGUCCUCCGUAGAAUUGUAGAGGUCAAUGAGAACCCAGAGGUCCACGGCCUCAUUGUCCAGCUGCCCCUGGACUCUAUCAACCCCAUGGACACAGAGAAGGUGACUAAUGCCGUGGCCCCAGAAAAGGAUGUGGAUGGGCUGACCAGUAUCAACGCGGGGAAGCUCUCUCGGGGGGACCUGCGGGACUGUUUCAUCCCCUGUACUCCUAAAGGCUGCAUGAAGCUCAUUAGUCAGACAGGCACGUCAGUGGCAGGGAAGAACGCUGUGGUGAUUGGCCGUAGCAAGAUUGUGGGAGCGCCUAUGCACGACCUCCUUCUAUGGAGCCAUGCAACCGUGACCACCUGUCAUUCCAAAACAACUGACCUGGCUGCACAAGUGGGAAGGGCAGACAUAUUGGUGGUGGGUGCAGGCAAGGCGGAGAUGGUGAAAGGCGAGUGGUUGAAGGAGGGUGCUGUGGUUAUCGACUGUGGCAUCAACCACAUCCCAGAUAACAGCAAAGAAAAUGGGAUGCGAGUGGUGGGGGACGUGCAUUACCCCUCUGCCAAGGAGAAGGCUGGGUUCAUUACCCCUGUGCCCGGGGGAGUGGGACCAAUGACCGUUGCUAUGCUCAUGGAGAACACUGUCCAGAGUGCAAAGCGCUUUCUCAAGACGUACCAGCCAGGAAAGUGGAACAUUUCCUACACCAAGCUAAAGCCACAGAAACCUCAACCCAGUGACACCGCGAUCGCACACUCCUUCACGCCAAAGACAAUUGGCUGUCUGGCCCGGGAGGUUGGCCUCUUCUCAGAGGAGGUGGAGCACUACGGGACGACCCGAGCCAAAGUUCGUCUGGAGGCCUUGAACCGCCUCAAGACACAGCCUGAUGGGAAAUAUUUGGUGGUCACAGGGAUCACACCCAUGCCACUGGGUGAGGGAACGACAACCACCACCCUGGGGUUGGCACAGGCCCUAGGGGCACACCUUCAUGUCAACAGUUUUGCCUGUGUGCGCCAACCCAGCCAGGGCUCAAACUUUGGGGUCAAAGGUGGUGCUGUUGGAGGUGGUUAUUCCCAAGUCAUUCCUAUGGAAGAGGUCAGUCUCCACCUCACCAGUGACACACAAGCUGUCAUGGCAGCCAGUAGCCUGGUGGUGGACACCAUCAAUGCACGUGUGUUAUCCGAGUCAACACAGUCAGAUAAGGCUCUCUUUGAUUGGCUGGUGCCACUGAGGGAUGGUCACAGGAAGUUCUCCCUGUCCCAACUCAAUAGGCUGAAGAGACUGGGUAUAGAGAAACCAGAAACCCUGAAACCAGAGGAGAUAUACCGAUUUAUUCGUUUGGACAUUGAUCCAGAGACCAAGACGCUGAGUGGAUCUGUGGCCAGUGAGAUGAUGGCGGUGUUGGCCCUCAGUACCAGUCUGGGAGACAUGACGCGUCGCUUGGCCAGGAUGGUGGUGGCCUACAGCCGCAAGGGGAAGCCCGUCACAACAGAGGACCUGGGUAUUAGUGGAGUGUUGGCCACGUUGAUGAGAGAUGCUGUGAAGCCCAGUCUAAUGCAGACCAUGGAGGGGACACCUGUGUUUGUUCACACCUGUCCAUUGUCAGAUAUUGCCCAGGGCAACUCAUCCAUCCUGGCUGACCAGAUCGCCUUAAAGCUGGUGGGCCCAGAGGGGUUUGUGGUCACCGAGGCAGAAGGAGGUGCUGAAUUAGGCAUGGAGAAGUUCUUCGACAUCAAGUGUCGCUCUUCGGGCCUGCAUCCUGACGUGGUGGUGAUGGUGGCUACAGUUCAUGGCCUGAAGAUUCAUGGGGGCGGACCUGCGGUCACGGCAGGUUCAGCCAUGCCGAAGGAGUACUCAGCGGAGAACCUGACGUUACUGGAAAAUGGCUGCAGCCACUUGAAGAGGCAGCUGGAGAAUGCCCGGGCCUUUGGCUUACCUGUCGUUGUAGCCAUCAACACCUUCAGCACCGACACCGAUGCAGAGUUGGGCCUGGUCUGUGAGCAAGCUAAACUGGCGGGGGCCUUGGAGGCGGUGCCAUGCUCACACUGGGCUGAAGGGGGUGCCGGAGCGGUGGCGCUGGGUCAGGCGGUACAGAGGGCAGCUGAGAUACCACACCAGAUGAACUUCCUGUAUGACCUGGAGAUGCCCAUUGAUGACAAAAUCAGAGCAAUAGCCAAGUCAAUGUAUGGAGCGGAUGAUGUGGAGCUCCUUCCUCAGGCCCAACAGAAGGUGGCGCUGUUCUCAAAACAAGGCUUGGGCAACCUGCCCAUCUGCAUGGCAAAGACCCACCUGUCCCUGUCCCAUGACCCAGAGAGGAAAGGGGUGCCCACCGGCUUUACCUUGCCCAUCAGGGACAUCCAUGCCAACUUGGGUGCUGGUUUUCUCUACCCCUUGGUUGGCACGCCUGAACAUACAUCUCCGAGGCCUAAUAGCAAAAAAGCCAGGAUGGUGCGCACUAAACAGAUGCUGUCACGUAUACGCCGGGAGUCAGGAAGCAAGUACAGAAGACGAGUGUACCACCCCAAUCUCCAGCCUUCUCCUGUUUCUAUGACAACGACUUCAGCACCGAGAGCAAAUAGUCCCUGCCUUCUCUCGGGUUUCACAGGGCAACGGGCUGAAUGACUAAAUCGCCAUCUCUACUUUGUUUGACAUAAUCGAAUUAUAAUUAAAUGGAAUCAAAAACGUGAAUUCACUUACAGUCAUGAGAGGUUGUGUUGUGCCUCCGCUCUUGUGAGUAAUUUGAUCUCGUUUCUCAUUUGAAUAGUAACGUUUCUCACGUUGAAUCCAAUUCAGUUUGAAAGCCAAUGGUAAAAUAUGUAUGCAUCCCAAAUGGCACCCUAUUCCUUAUUUAGUACACUACGGUUGACCAGGGCCCUAUGGUCAAAAGUAGUGCACUAAAUAGGGAAUAUGGUGAAAUUUGGGCCGUAGACAAGGUCUGUGUAAGGCUUUGAAAAUGUGUUUUUAUUAAGCAUUUUAUUGCUGACCGUAUUGGUUCCCUGCUGCACCUGUUUGUCAGUGUGUAACUCAUUUUCUCUAUCUAUCUCUCUAUCUAUCUCUCUAUCUCUCUAUCUCUAAGGAAAAAUGAUUAUCUCGAUAUCCUCAUAGGAUAACCGUUUUUUGUUCUAUGCACAACCUUCGGGUUCCAUGAACCGAAAAGGGUUUUACCUGAAACCAAAAGGGUUCUACCUGCAACCGAAAAUAAUGAUUCAAAUGGUUAUCCUAUGGGGACAGCCAAAUAACCCUUUUAGGUUCUAGAAAGCACCUUUUUUUCUAAGAGUGUACCCCCAUUCCUUUUUUCCACAUCACUUCUCUCCCUCCCCUGUGUUUCUUGCCUGUCUCUUUUUACCAUUGAUAACUGUAAUAGAACCAAACCAAAGUUCCUCAACCCUGGUCCCGGGGAACCCACAGGGUGUGCAGGCAUCAGGCGACUUUGCUAGUGCUGGGCUGGAACAAAAUCCUACACACGCUGUGGUUGAAGGACACUGCCUCUACACACAGUACCAUUAUCUACCACACACUCAGUAAAUCAGCUAGCUACCAUUCUUUUUAGAUAUACUGUAACAACCCCUUUGAUUAAAU